UCUGUAAAUUUACAAACAAUCCCUAUCUGUUGCUUGUUGCUCUGUUGCACAUAAAACUGUAUCUACAAGGUCUCACUCAAUUUGUUUUAGUUGGGAACAUUGGGAACUUGUUUAUUUCGUUGCAUUAGUUUCUUCUCUACUUUCCAGAUAAAUUUGUUUUUAAAAAAUCAUGUUUCAUGUUUUUUUGUUUUUAAAUCUUAUUAAGCUAACCUACAGAGAAAUUGGCUGUUUUGCACUUGUUUGAUUCACUUUUUUUUUGCCAGAUUAGUUGCAACAUUGGAUUAAAGUCAAUUACUUUAAGAAAAUGUCUGAUUCCAAUGUUAACAUGAUGAUAACUGAUGUUAGCGCUAUGCAAGAUGACAGCAAUGUUACCAUGGGAGGAGCUGCAAUUAAUGGAAGCAUCAAUGGUGGUCCUACUGAUCUUGAGGCUCUCUGUCAAUCCCAGGCCAAAUUGAUUGAGAGUUUGAAAUUAACUCUUGAAAAGCAGAAUCAUGAGAUUCGCGAGAUUAAUAGUCAACUGGAUAUGUACAAAUCAAUUUUUAAUGUUGGUUCUUCUCGACGAAGUCAAGCUGUUGAUUCAUUUGGUGUUCCUCUACCUUUCAAUGUGCAACCUAAACAAAAUCAACCCCGAAAAACUCGUCUCAUGGGUAUUUCGGCUGAACCACAAGCUUCACUUAGUUUACUGGAAUUGAUGGAAACCAAAUUUGCGGAGUAUCCGAAAUCUCAAGCAGCACGUGAUUUGAUUGUAGCAGCAAUACUCGAAAAUGAUUUCAUGAAAAACUUGGGUCAACAGCAGAUAGAGGAAAUUACCGAUGCCAUGUCUCCAGUUAGUUAUCAGCCGGAUGAUUUAAUCAUCAAAGAAGGAGACAUUGGUUCAGACGUUUUCAUUCUCGAAGAAGGAAGGGUUGAAGUUAGCAAAGAAGGUCGAGUUUUGCACACAAUGGGACCAGGAAAAGUAUUUGGUGAAUUAGCUGUGCUAUACAAUUGUACUCGAACUGCGUCCGUUAAGGCGAUUGGUCUGUGCAAGCUGUGGGCAAUCCAUAGGCAAUGUUUCCAAUCAAUCAUGAUGAAAACAGGCUUAAUUAAGCAAAAGGAGUACAUGGAAUUUUUAAAGACUGUGCCAAGUUUCUCAAAACUUCCUGAUGAACAUAUAACCAAAAUAGUUGAUGUUCUCGAAGAGGCUGUUUAUAAACAAGGAGAUUAUAUUAUACGACAAGGUGCCAAAGGAGUUACCUUUUACAUUAUCAGAAAAGGAACCGUUCGAGUGACAAUCAAAGAUCCGGAUGAACCUGGUGACUUAAAUUCACCGCCGGGAGAAAAAUUUAUCCGUACUUUAGGCCGAGGUGAUUCUUUUGGUGAAAGAGCCUUGACUUCAGAUGAUAUUAGGACUGCCAAUGUUAUCGCUCAUUCUGAAGACGUUCAUUGUUUGGUAAUGGAUAGAGAGUCAUUUAAGCAAUUGUUUAACAACCUCGAAGAUUUCAAAUCCAAACAAUAUGAUGACUCAAAUCUGCAUCUCCGUCAAAAGUUAGAGGAACAGUUUGAAGGAAUAAACUUAUGUGAUCUUCGAGUAGUUUCCACCCUUGGUGUUGGUGGAUUCGGACGGGUUGAAUUGGUUACCCUUGUAAAUGACAGUGAUCGCAGUUUUGCUCUAAAAGUGAUGAAGAAAGCUCAAAUUGUUGAGACUCGACAACAACAACAUAUUUUAAGUGAAAAGACAAUCAUGAUGGAAGCUAAUUGUCCUUUUAUUGUUAAAUUGUUCAAAACUUUCAAAGAUUCAAAGUACCUUUACAUGUUAAUGGAGUCUUGUCUUGGUGGGGAACUUUGGACCAUUCUUCGCGAUCGAGGUUACUUCGAUGAACCCACAACUCGCUUCUACACCUCAUGUGUUAUUGAAGCCUUCGACUAUCUCCAUUCACGUAACAUCAUUUAUCGAGAUCUCAAACCUGAAAAUAUGCUUCUAGACCGAUUUGGUUAUGUUAAACUAACUGACUUUGGGUUUGCCAAAAAACUUCAUCCUCCUGGACGUAAAACUUGGACUUUCUGUGGUACCCCUGAAUAUGUUGCACCUGAAGUUAUACUUAACCGAGGUCACGAUUAUUCGGCUGAUUAUUGGUCCUUAGGAGUUCUUAUGUUUGAAUUAUUGACCGGUACACCGCCUUUUACUGGCCCUGAUCCAAUGCAGACAUAUACGAUAAUUUUGAAAGGAAUAAAUGCAAUCGAUUUUCCUAGGAUGAUAUCCAGUAAUGCAAAUCAUCUAAUCAAAAAACUGUGUAAAGACAACCCAUCUGAACGUUUAGGCUAUCAAAAAGAUGGAAUAGAUGAUAUUCGUAAACAUAAAUGGUUCGAUGGCUUUUACUGGGAAGGUCUCAGAAAUAGAACCCUAACACCGCCGAUAGUUCCUGCUGUUCGACAUCCAACAGAUACAUCUAAUUUCGAUAAUUAUCCUGCUGAGACAGAUCCUCCUCCUACGGACGACAACAGUGGCUGGGACGAGCAAUUCUAAUCUUGUUGAUUCGAGAUUACUUCAAGAAAAAAUAUACAUAUUGACCAGUUAACAUUUCGCCAUAUAUAUAACAUUUUUUCAUAUUUUGUUUUUUCUUUUGAUGUGGCUUCUAUCAUCUUCCCUUGCCUUCCUCAUUCAUCUUUCACCUAUGAAAUUGAUCAAUGAUUAUGCCAUGCAAUCGCCUUAUCUCUCUGCCUCUUUACCCUCUCUCGGCCACUUUCACUUGUACUUUUCAAAUGGUAGUCAUAUACAUAUAUAUAUACAAAAAACGAAAUUUUUUCCACAAAUUAGAAAUUGAGCAAAAAAAAAUGAAUUGUUUUGCAUUCCUCUAUAUCUGUGAAUAAUCACCAUGUUUUGAAACUAUUUUA